AUGCAGCUCUUCGUCGCAGUCAGCUUUGCCUUUGCACUUGUUCGAGUCGCUCGGGGCGCGGCUCCCAUUUGGGCUCAGUGCGGUGGCAUUGGCUGGAUUGGCGAGACCGCCUGUACCGUCAUCAACCCCUACUACUCUCAAUGCCUUUCCGGUGCCGCAUCCUCGAGCACCGCAGCCUCUCCUCCCUCGAGCACAGUCUCCUCAUCCACCGCUUCUACUCCAGUUUCCACUGAAGCCCCCAGGGCGUGCGCGACUCCAUCCUCCAUCUCGGGCUACAACAACGCGAAGCUCCCUAACCCCUUCUUCUUCAACGACGGCACGGCGGUGCAGAGCGCAGAGGACUGGAAAUGUCGGAGCGCGCAGAUCACCGCGCUCGUGCAAGGCUACGAGGGUGGCGCAGUCAUGCCCGCGCCGACCUCGCUCACCGCCACCUUCACCAAGUCUGGCACGACGGGCACGCUCGCUAUCACCGCGAAGAACGGCGCGAACUCGAUCACCUUCUCGCCCACAAUCAAGUUCCCGUCCGGGACCGCGCCCGCCGCGGGCUGGCCGCUCAUCAUCGGGUACGGGGGCGGCAGCAUCCCCAUCCCUUCCAACGUCGCAGUCAUGACGUACUCGAACUCGGACAUGGCCCAGCAGAACGACGCCACCAGCAGCCGCGGCGUCGGCCUCUUCUACAACCUCUUCGGCAAGAACGCGACCGCGUCCGCGAUGACCGCCUGGGCCUGGGGCGUCUCGCGCAUCAUCGACGCGCUCGAGGCCACCCCGGCCGCGCAGAUCAACACCGCGCGCAUCGGCGUCACCGGCUGCUCCCGCAACGGCAAGGGCGCGCUCGUCGCCGGGGCGCUCGAGCCCCGCAUCCGGCUCACGAUCCCGCAGGAGUCCGGCUCCGGCGGCGACGCCUGCUGGCGCCUCUCGCUCUUCGAGCAGAACUCGGGCUCGGUCGUGCAGACGGCGACGGAGAUCGUGACGGAGAACGUGUGGUUCAGCACGAACUUCAACAACUACGUCAACAGCCUCGACAGCCUCCCGUACGACCACCACCUCCUCGCCGCGAUGGUCGCCCCCCGGCCGAUGAUCUCGUUCGAGAACACGGACUACGUCUGGCUCAGCCCGCUGAGCUCGUACGGGUGCAUGUCCGCCGCGCACACCGUCUGGAGCGCGCUCGGCGUCCCGGACCUGCACGGGUUCGAGCAGGUGGGCGGGCAUGCGCACUGCGCGUGGCCGUCGAGCCUGUCGCCGCAGCUGAACGCGUUCAUCAGCCGCUUCCUGCUCGACCAGAGCGCGAACACGACCGGCAUGUUCGCGUCCAACAUGCUCUUCGGCAACGCGACCUGGACCCCGUCCCAGUGGAUGGACUGGACGACGCCCACGCUCUCGGCGUUGGGACACGGUCCGUGGCGCCCGCGCCCCUCGAUUCACGAAUGA